UCGGGAUCAAACCUUAGAAAGGAAGCAACGCUAUUCCAGCAAAGCAAGAGAUGGGUCUCAGUUUCUGGAUAAAACUGCAGAUUUUACGAGUGGUUCAUGAUGUACAGAAGAUUUAUUUCCCCAUUUUGGCUGCAUUUGGAGUCCCGGUAAACAUGGUGACAAUCAUUAUCCUAUCUAGAGGAAAGUGUGGUCUCUCCAAGUGCAUUACUCACUAUCUGGUGGCCAUGGCAGUAGCAGAUUUACUUGUUGUUAUCAUUGACCUGAUAUUGAGGCAGAUUCCAAUAGUUUAUGCAGAGCAAUUCUUAUUCUUAAGAGACAUAAGAGUUUGUAAUUUUCAUGCUGUCUUGCUUUAUGCCACAACAGACUGUUCUGUCUGGUUCACAGUCACUUUCACCUUUGAUCGAUUUGUUGCCAUUUGUUGCCAGAAACUAAGAUCUAAGUAUUGCUCUGAGAAAACAGCAGCUGUGGUUCUAGCAAUAGUAACGGUUCUCAGCUGUUUAAAGAAUGUUUUCUGGUAUUUUCUCUACUCAAGUCAAUAUUGGCUUUCUAACAGUCCCUGGUUUUGCCGUGUAACACUUGGUGUAUCUUUUUCUCUGGUUUGGACUGUCGUGGAAUUGGUGCAUUACAUUGUAACACCAUUUAUCCCAUUCCUUUUGAUUCUACUUUUCAAUGCAUUGACAGUCAAAAAUAUUUUAGUGGCCAGCCGUGCCCGUAAGAGGCUCCAGUGUCGAAAUAGCAGAGAGACCUCCAGUGAUCCGGAGAUGGAGAAUCGAAGGAAAUCCAUGAUUCUAUUGUUUGUCAUUUCAGGGAAUUUCAUUCUGCUGUGGGUCGUGUUCAUGGUUUGCUCGAUUCUGAGGCGGUUGGAUUAUUUGGGAUAUCCCAUUCCUCUGCCAAUAUUUGUCAGGGAAUUGGGAUUCAUGCUGCAGCUCCUGAGCUGCUGCACAAAUACUUUUCUUUAUGCAGUGACACAAAGGAGAUUUAGAAAGGAGUUGAAGAAUGCAGUCAUGUUUUCCUUUCAAUUGUAAUGAAGUUAACUUGACGAUGCCAAUGUCUAAUUAUGAUGGAUUUCAUUUGCUCAUGUUGUACCAACUGGGUUGCGAUGGCCACUUUAUAAGUCUCAACAGCCAGUGCAAGUCCAGAUAUAACCUACAGUCUGAGGAAUAUCUUUGUCAUUUUAAAAUAAUCAGUAAUUUUUUGUGAAUACAACAAGAAACGUACAUAUAUUUGUGUAAAUCAAGAUGAAAGAUGACACUCGAGCAUGGCGACAAUUAACACUUUUCUCUGUAAUUUUAUUUUCAGUACAAGCAACAAAAAAUCAUUCACUCAUUCAGAAUAAAUUAUUUGGGAUACCCUGUUCCUCUGCUGAUAUUUGUCAGGGAAUUGAGAUUCCAUGU